AUGGCAUCCCCGCGACAGGAUCGCGACUUCGACCAAGGCCACCGCGCUGAGCUACAUAUCGAGUUCAUGUUCGCUCUCUCGUCUCAUGGAAUGAGACAGAUAUGGCAGAUUAGAGUUGCACACGCAAACGCACAAUUUGUGACGAUUGGCGCUAUCACGUACCCUUUCAACUUUAAUGUCAAUAUAAACUUCUCCCUUCAAGAGUGA